AUGGCAGAGGAGCUUUAUGUUCGCUUCAAAUUGUGUGAUGGAUCAGUGCAAACAAUUCUUGGUGUCAUGCUCAAACCCUAUCCUGAUUCCUAUCUCACUAAACUCGUCUUCAAUCAUGACUUCAAAUCGACCAAAGAUGAUCAAGGCUUCUUUUCGGUUGAUGAAGAACCACAAAUAUUUGCUGCAAUUCUUACAUUCUACCGACAUGGUCAACUUCUUCUACCUGAUAUUUUUGUCGGUAUUCGUGAUUCGAUCAUUGACAAAUACCUAUUGCCUGUUGAAAAAUCUUCACGCGCUCUUGAUCCGCCUGAACCAAAAACAACGACCAAUAUCACACGUGUACAUCUUCGUGGAGCAACACGGGUAUGGUCUGAUUCAUAUUCGAGAGAACCCAGUACAUCCCUAUGCACCAUAGUGGAUCCAAUGUGGACUGAUUUGCCUGAAUCACACAUCAGUGAUUUUCUUGUGUGCACAUCAAACUUUAAUGGCAUUCAAGGCUACGAUAUUGAACGAUGGGACAAGAAGAACCAAGAAGUUGAUUUGAAAAAAGUUAAUACGUGA